GCAACUUCCUAACGUGUGAUCUUGCUUGCUGGAUUUGGGCAAUAUGGCAGGCAUCCUGCGUACAGUUGUUACUAAUUUCUCCGUACCCCUUUUCAACAAUGUGAUAUGCCAUAAGGUGAAGAUUGCGAAGGUGCCAAGCUUGCGGACAUUCCUUACCCACCAGGUUCUCUGGUGUAAAGCAGCUAUCAAACCAGGUAUUCCAUAUAAGGAACUGAGUAUAGGUGUUCCAAAGGAGAUCUUUCAAAAUGAGAAAAGGAUUGCCUUGUCACCAGCUGGAGUUCAAGCACUGGUUAAGCAGGGUUUUAAUGUUAUUGUGGAGUCAAAUGCAGGAGAGACUGCUAAGUUCUCUGAUGACCACUAUAGACAGGCUGGGGCACGAAUCCAGGGCACCAAGGAAGUACUGGCUUCUGACAUAGUUCUCAAGGUGAGGGCUCCAGUGUUUAAUUCUGUACUUGGUGUCCACGAGAUUGAGCUUUUAAAAUCACAUGGUACUCUGAUCAGUUUUAUCUAUCCAGCUCAAAACCCAGAUCUGAUGAACAAAUUAGCAGAAAAAAACACCACCGUCUUGGCUAUGGAUCAGGUUCCACGUGUGACCAUUGCUCAGGGAUAUGAUGCUCUCAGCUCUAUGGCCAACAUUGCUGGUUACAAGGCAGUUGUACUUGCAGCUAAUCAUUUUGGUCGCUUUUUCACCGGUCAGAUCACGGCAGCGGGCAAAGUUCCUCCAGCUAAGGUUCUGAUCAUUGGAGGUGGAGUUGCUGGAUUAGCAUCUGCAGGAGCAGCUAAAUCAAUGGGAGCUGUAGUUCGUGGAUUUGAUACCAGAGCUGCUGCAUUAGAACAGUUUAAAUCAUUGGGUGCUGAGCCUUUGGAAGUUGACAUGAAGGAAUCUGGAGAAGGCCAAGGAGGAUAUGCAAAAGAAAUGUCCAAAGAGUUUAUUGAAGCUGAAAUGAAACUCUUUGCUAAACAGUGUGAAGAAGUUGAUAUCAUUAUUACAACAGCACUUAUUCCCGGUAAAAAAGCUCCGAUCCUCUUUCGAAAAGAUAUGAUUGAAUUGAUGAAGGAAGGGUCAGUGGUUGUAGAUCUAGCUGCUGAAGCAGGGGGAAAUAUUGAAACUACGAAGCCAGAGGAACUCUAUGUUCACAAGGGGAUCACGCAUAUAGGUUACACAGACCUGCCCAGCAGAAUGGCAACGCAAGCUAGUACCUUGUAUUCAAAUAACAUCACAAAGCUCUUGAAAGCCAUCAGCCCAGACAAAGAAAACUUUUACUUUAACAUAAAGGAUGAAUUUGAUUAUGGUACUCUUGACCACGUUGUUAGAGGAACAGUGGUAAUGAAGGAUGGGAAAGUGAUUUUCCCAGCACCACCUCCUAAGAACAUUCCUCAGGCAGCACCUGUGAAGCAGAAGACAGUGGCAGAGCUAAAAGCAGAGAAAGCUGCUACUAUUACACCUUUUAGGAAAACAAUGACCUCUGCUUCUGCCUAUACAGCAGGAAUUGCUAGCGUGCUUGGGCUGGGUAUUGCCUCUCCCAAUUCAGCUUUCACUCAGAUGGUGACAACCUUUGGUUUGGCUGGGAUUGUUGGAUACCAUACUGUAUGGGGUGUGACUCCUGCACUCCAUUCACCACUCAUGUCAGUGACUAAUGCCAUCUCAGGACUGACUGCUGUUGGCGGAUUAGCACUGAUGGGAGGGCAAUACUUACCUGGAACUCUACCUCAGGGCCUUGCUGUUCUUGCUGCUUUUAUUUCCUCUAUCAACAUUGCAGGUGGUUUCCUGGUCACUCAGAGAAUGCUGGAUAUGUUCAAGCGCCCUACUGACCCUCCUGAAUUCAACUAUUUGUAUUUGUUGCCUGCUGCUUUGUUUAUAGGAGGAUAUGGAACAGCACUGCAAAGUGGUUAUAACAUUGAACAGAUGAUGUACCUGGGUUCAGGAUUGUGCUGUGUUGGUGCUCUGGCUGGCCUUUCUACCCAAGGAACAGCUCGACUUGGCAAUGCUUUGGGUAUGAUAGGUGUUGCUGGAGGUUUGGCAGCUACCCUGGGAAGUCUAAAACCAUCAGUUGAGCUUCUGGCCCAGAUGUCGGGUGCGAUGGCCCUUGGUGGCACCAUAGGUCUGACAAUUGCUAAACGUAUCCAGAUUUCAGAUUUACCUCAGCUAGUGGCUGCUUUCCAUAGCUUGGUUGGCUUGGCUGCUGUUCUCACUUGUGUAGCAGAGUACAUGAUUGAAUUUCCCCAUUUUGCAACUGAUCCAGCUGCAAGCCUCACAAAAAUUGUGGCCUAUCUUGGCACAUACAUAGGAGGUGUAACCUUUAGUGGCUCUCUUGUUGCUUAUGGAAAACUACAGGGUAUGCUGAAUUCUGCCCCACUCCUCUUACCAGGACGACAUUUACUGAAUGCUGGUUUGUUAACAUUAAGCAUAGGUGGAAUGGUUCCGUACAUGAUGGAUCCAAGUUACACAACAGGGUUGACUUGCUUAGGAUCUGUGUCUGCCCUGUCUGCUGUAAUGGGAGUUACUCUGACAGCAGCCAUUGGGGGGGCUGACAUGCCUGUUGUUAUUACUGUCUUAAACAGCUAUUCCGGCUGGGCACUCUGUGCUGAAGGAUUCCUGCUUAACAACAAUUUAUUAACCAUUGUGGGUGCCCUGAUUGGUUUUUCUGGUGCCAUCCUGUCUCAUAUCAUGUGUGUGGCUAUGAAUCGCUCUCUUGCUAAUGUGAUUCUUGGAGGAUAUGGUACUACUUCAACUGCUGGUGGGAAGCCAAUGGAAAUUACUGGCACUCAUACAGAAGUGAAUAUGGACAGUGCAGUUGAUAUGAUAAAGGAAGCCAAUAACAUCAUAAUCACUCCAGGUUAUGGCCUCUGUGCAGCAAAGGCUCAGUAUCCAAUUGCUGAUUUAGUGAAAAUGCUGAAGGAAGGAGGCAAGAAAGUCAGGUCUUUCAACACUCGAAUUGAGUUUUCUACUACUGAAAAUAUGAAUGCUGCUAUUGUAUUUAAUAUUUGCUGUAAUUUUGCACAGUUUUUGGAAUAUGCUCUUCUCUAUGCUAUUCAAAGGCCAAAUGAACCCAGGACAUCUAGGGAGGAAGGUUGGACCGAAAAUGAGGGACAGAAAGAGAGGGUAUUGGAUAAAACGGAUCUGGUCCUUGUCAUUGGAGCUAAUGAUACGGUUAAUUCAGCUGCCCAAGAAGAUCCAAAUUCUAUCAUUGCUGGAAUGCCUGUUCUUGAAGUUUGGAAGGCAAAGCAGGUGAUUGUAAUGAAGAGAUCUCUAGGUGUUGGAUAUGCAGCCGUUGACAACCCUAUCUUUUACAAGCCCAACACUGCCAUGCUUCUAGGGGAUGCUAAGAAGACUUGUGAUGGUCUGCAGGCCAAAAUGAGGGAGUUAUACCAGAAUUAAAUAUUAAAAUAUACUCUUUGGCCAGUACGAACAAAAAAAAAUAAUCUAAAAAGUGUUAUGUAUCCAUGUUAAAAGAUAAAGGUUAGCAAGUGUUCUUGAAAUGAAGAUCUAAAAAAAAAGAGAAACAUUAAGGUCCAGAAAUGCAGAGAUUUUUUUUACAAAAGAGCAGGAAAAACAAGCAAAACAUUGAAAUAUUGACGUGAACAUUCUUGAGCAGAUCAGAACCUGGAAUACAUACAGUUGAAUGCAGUCUAUUUUAGAGGAAUUUUCCUUUGGCAACCACAAUUUAACACAAUGAGACUCAGGAAUUUGGAGAAUCUAUUUUAUGUGACAUAAGAUAUAAGGAAAACAACCAUUAAAUGUUCUGUGGCUUCAGAGUUUGUUAAUGAUUCCCAGUGAACAAUUUGCUAAUCAAGAUUUCAGAUCCUGAACAGGAUAUUGAUCAGCCCCACUACGUAGACCAGACCUGGAAAUUAGCUUUGCAGGAAGACUUACUUUGAGAAUGGCUGUAAUAACAGAAUCUUGUGUAUCUGAUUGUGCUGCACCUCCUCUUCCUUCUUACACUUCAGUGAAUUAGGGAGGCAUCUGCCUGAGCCACUUUUGAAUGUUAUCUUCUUGUUGUGGACUUUAAAAAAAAAUGCUUCAAUCCCUUUUGCUUAAGUAAUGGUUUCUGCAUAUCUCCUUCAAAGCCAUCUUCCUUAUCUCUGCAGUAUUUUAUGACCAUCUACUUAUAUGAUUCUAAACAAAAAUGAUGAUAAAGUUGGUAAUGAUGAUGAUGAUGAUGGCCACUUUUGAAAUGCAUUUUGAUACAUUCAUAGUACAUUUAAUGCAUUUACAGAAGCUGUUAAACAUAUGUUGAGUAUAAAAUGAAAUUUCAGACUCUUGGAAAUACCUUUUAAAUUCAUAAUUUAUUUGUACAGAUAUGCUAAACCAGUCAGCUUUGACAAACACACACAUGUACACAAUCUCACACACAAAAUUCAGAUGACUGGUCUUCCUUUUACUUUAAAUAAUACAACUGUUGGAAGCUUCAGUAUAGUGAUAAAUAGAUUUUUUUAGUGGCUUCCAGCGCAGUCUUGAAUAUGUUUAGUGCACUUGAGUGAAACUCAGAUGUAAAUGAAAUGAAUUUGUCAUGUUUGCAUAAUGAUGUAGCAAGCAUCUGUAGUGACAGAGGCAAAAUAAAUAGCUGUAACUGUGUUAGAAAGCCUUAACAUCUGGGCAAAACAGCCUACUAUGAAGUGAGUUAAACUUAGCCCAACUUGACUGUUUAUAAAUCCUGAUUUUAUCAUUGGGCUUAUGACCUCUUAAUUUAAUAGCGAAUGAAAAUUAUACCCAUUUAGCUACCUCCUGUCUUCAUACAGUAUGUUGAGCUUCCUCUAUGUGGAAUAUCAACUUAUAACAGUGAACUAAAUCCAGUUUGAGCUUCCAGAUCCACAGAAUCAAGAGAAAAUAAAUGUUUUUUAAUGAAAUUCCUUUUGUUUUAGUAGAAAAAGCACUCAGCUAGAUGAUGUUCAGUGUUUCUCUUUUUUAAUUCUGUCCUUUUUUAGCUGCUUAGCAAAAACUAAUAAUGAAACAUCAGUAGAUUAUUCUGCUGUAUAAGGAAACUUGAGCCACAACAGGGCAGCUCUGUUUUAGCAAGAUUUGUUUUGGGACCUUACUUUCAUUGCAUUGGUGCUAUACAUUUCUAUGUACAGCCUGCAUGCAAAUGUGACCUAGAAGAAGAGCAUCAGUGAAGUUAGCCUUGGAUUAUUUAAUGCUGCCUUAAAGCUGUAGCCUUUGUCUUGUUUUAAUAUAUUGUUUUAAUUUGAAGAUACGCAAACCAUUUCUAAGAAAAUGCAAAUUACAAUUGCCAAUGUUAGAAUUGGGUUUAUAUUAUGUAACAGGAGAUAAUUAUUUAAA